UCCGCGUGCAUGGCCCUGCCGGCCCGGACUCUGAGCGCGAGCGAGGGGCUCGGCUGGAGGCAGGCGGCGCGCACCUUCUCCGGCUACGCGUCACCUUGGGCCCGGGCUGCCUGCGCCUUCUCCCGCGCCAUGGCGUUUAGGCAGGGGCCGCAGUCUUCGUGUCCGCCACCCGCCGCAGGCGUCACGGCCUGCUACGACUACCUGGUGAUCGGGGGCGGCUCGGGCGGGUUGGCCAGCGCGCGCCGGGCGGCCGAGCUGGGCGCCCGGGCCGCCGUGGUGGAGAGCCACAAGCUGGGCGGCACUUGCGUGAAUGUUGGAUGUGUACCCAAAAAGGUAAUGUGGAACACAGCUGUCCACUCUGAAUUCAUGCAUGACCACGUUGAUUAUGGCUUUCAAAGCUGUGAGGGUAAAUUCAGCUGGCGGGUUAUAAAGGAAAAGCGGGAUGCCUACGUGAGCCGCCUAAACACCAUCUAUCAGAAUAAUCUAAUCAAGUCCCACAUAGAAAUCAUUCGCGGCCAUGCAGUAUUCACGGGUGAUGCCCAGCCCACAGUGGAGGUCAACGGGGAAAAGUACACCGCCCCUCACAUCCUGAUUGCCACAGGCGGCGUGCCCAUGCUUCCUCAGGAGAGCCAGAUCCCUGGUGCCAGCCUGGGAAUAACCAGUGAUGGGUUUUUUCAGCUGGAAGAGUUGCCUCGCCGCAGUGUCAUCGUUGGUGCUGGUUACAUUGCUGUGGAAAUAGCUGGGAUCCUUUCCGCCCUGGGUUCUAAGACAUCACUAAUCAUACGGCAUGAUAAGGUGCUCAGAAGUUUUGAUUCAAUAAUCAGUUCCAACUGCACUGAGGAGCUGGAGAACGCUGGCAUAGAGGUGCUGAAGUACUCGCAGGUCAAGGAAGUUAAAAAAACUUCUUCAGGUCUGGAACUCUGCAUGGUCACUUCAGUUCCUGGUAGGAAACCCACCUUGACCACCAUUCCAGAUGUUGACUGUCUACUCUGGGCCAUUGGACGGGACCCAAACUCCAGGGGCCUGAAUUUAAACAAACUGGGGAUUCAAACUGAUGACAAAGGUCAUAUCCUAGUAGAUGAAUUCCAGAAUACGAAUGUAAAAGGUGUCUACGCAGUUGGGGAUGUGUGUGGAAAAGCUCUCCUUACUCCAGUUGCAAUUGCUGCUGGCCGAAAACUUGCCCAUAGACUUUUUGAACGCAAAGAAGAUUCCAAGUUAGACUAUGACAACAUCCCUACGGUGGUCUUCAGCCACCCCCCUAUUGGGACAGUGGGACUCACAGAAGAUGAGGCCAUUUAUAAAUAUGGAAAAGAAAACGUGAAGAUUUAUUCCACCACCUUUACCCCAAUGUAUCAUGCAGUUACCAAAAGGAAAACAAAAUGUGUGAUGAAAAUGGUUUGUGCCAACAAAGAGGAAAAGGUGGUUGGGAUCCACAUGCAGGGAAUUGGAUGUGAUGAAAUGCUGCAGGGUUUUGCGGUCGCAGUAAAAAUGGGAGCAACAAAAUCCGACUUUGAUAACACUGUUGCCAUUCAUCCUACCUCUUCAGAAGAACUGGUCACCCUUCGUUGAGAACCCAGAGACUCGUAUGGCCAGCAGCUGGACCACUAGACCUUCAGAAAGGAGCCAAAUCUUCACGUUUACUUACCAUUCCCAUUGUAUGUAUUUCUUUAUUGUAAUCAGGAUCUUCCAGUAGUGGAAAUUUUCAGUAAACUUAUUUAUGUAAUUAGAAAUCUGUUUUGUUAUCCAGGAUUGAUUUUCAUUUGAUUACAUCUCUCAAUAAUUACUAUUUGUUUUAUUAAUAGCUCUGUGCUGGCUGUUUUUUGUUUUGUUUUAGCCUCAUCCUAAGUAUAAAACCAUAUGAAGUACAGUGAAAUUAAUGUACUUGAAUGAAUAUCACUUGCUAAUUUUUAUAGAGGAAGAUGACAGCUGCUCUUCACAUUUAAAUAACGCAAGUACAGAGUCAUUUUUUUUUUUUUUGAAGCCAGUACUGCGCUCUGCAUAUUACAAAGCUGCUGCAAGGAUGUGAGUUUUCUCUAAAAGCAUGUAACUUGAGAGGCCUGCCUCCUGUAUUUUAUUCUUUCUUUUGUUCUAAAUGAUUAAAAAUGGUUUGUGUUACUUUUAUGAGAUGAAGUUCAUCAAAUUUGGGAAAGAUUUGAGGAGGCUGGUUGCACAAGUGAGAGGGACAUUUUAGAAGUGAUCCGUGUUUUCAGAUGUACUUCAAAAGUCCUUUCCUCUGCUAAGAGUUCAUAGUUCGGUGAAUGAUUUCAGUUUUUGUAUGUAUUCUUGUCAUUUUAUUUUUUGAAAACUAUUUCCAAAAAUCUGAAAAUAAAAUUACAGUCUUUUCUUCUUAUAAAA